AGUAACGGGGACCCACACAGAAGGUUAAAGUGACUUCAACAAAACGCGUAUUUAUUAGACGAAGACCGUAGCAAACGUUUGGAGGUUGUGGUGGCAGCUGCAGAGAGGUAUUUUGGUGUUCGAGACUUGACAGCAGAAGAGUUACAAGAUGUGUGAAGUGAUGUCCCAUCCUUUCAGGGUGAUGGCAUGAGCAUCAUGCCAUUCAUCGACCUCCAGGGGAAGUUGGGCAUCAACAUAGACAAAUGGAUGUUGAUCCAGGGUGGAGACCAGCCAUACAAACGGGCACCCCGCUGCCACGCCUUUGAGAAGGAGUGGAUCGAGUGUGCGGAUGGCAUUGGUCAGACCCGUGCCAAGAAGGAAUGCAAGCUUGAGUUUGAGGACUUCUAUGAGUGCAUGCACAGAGAGAAGACGCACAAGAGGCUGUAUGAGAUCCGUAAGCAGCGGGACAAGAUGGUGAAGGAGGGCACCUACCAGACCCCAGCGCACCACACCGGCGCUCAGGCUGAUGACAGGCCUUGACCUUGUUGACCACAAGGUGUCCCCCCCAACUUGUGUAUAAUAAUUGUUAUUCAGAGAUCACUUUAUUGUUCGUGUCCAACCCUUUGCAAGUUAGCAAAUAAAUAUUAUUGACCAUGAA